GUUCUUUCACGUUAUAGAAGAAAAGAUCCAUCAACCUGCUUUGGCAUUGACCCUUUCUUUUCAAUAAAAAGGAAAUCAGGAACACAUAACAAGUAAUCGGAAGUAAUAGAAACAAAGAGUGAGAAUGGUUCACAAUAGCAGUUCAACAGACGGAUCAGUGCAUGACCAGGACACCAUCAUGACAGAGCCUUCAAAGGACACUGUAACAUCAUCCUCAACAAUGACAACAACAGCUAGCAAACCUACCGAAGCUACUUCUGACACAUCAGCAACAGGGGUCAUAAAAAAACCACCAGGGUCAGGCCCUAUUCCAAUUACCAUGGACGUUUAUCUUCAACAGAAGCGAGUCGUGGAGCGCAGACAGCAACAACAACAACAACAACAACAACAACAACAACAACAGCUGCAGCAACAGCAACAACAGCAACAAACUGAGAGUAAGGACCCGCUAUCAAUCCACCCACAUGAUAAACAAUCAACAACUGCAUCUACCCUUAAUGCAAUAGAACAAAUCGCCAGUAUUGUACAAGCAACGGUACCAGCUCUGGUACUGACACCACAGCAGCAGUUACAACAACAACAAAUACACCAGGUUCCGCUACCGGGUCCUGAUCUGACCAACAUCAUCUUUGGACAUACUCCUAAUCAGCAGCAGCAACAACAACAACAGUACCAUCAAUCUGUGAUCGACAACAACGCGUUGGGAUACGUGUAUGGCGGCGCUAACACAGGCUCAUCUUCAAAACCAAGUGUCGGAACGACUAAUGAUGGCAAUACAGGAGCCAACCAGAACCAAAAUCAGAACCAGAAUCAAAACCAAAACCAUAGUCAUAGUCAUAGCCAUAGCCAUAGCCAUAAUCAUGGUCAUGCUCAUUCUUACCAUCCUUAUCAUCGCAAGAGUGCAAGUGGGCAUCCACAGCAACAACAAAGCUCAAGGACGACAUCACCACCAACGCCUAGUGCAACAGCACCAACAGCAGGGUCGUCAUCGUCGAGCGCUGUUAACCAUAGUAGUAGAAACGCGACACAAAAAGGACCUAGGGCCAUUCAUGCCAUUGAGCUUAUCCGUAUUUCAGCCGAGAUUUUGCAGUUCCCACCAACUACAACAGGAACAGCACUUAUCUAUUACCAUAAGUACCGCGCCUAUCUUCAUCAAGCAAACAAGCGUGGCGAACGGGAUAAUGAGGCUACCAAGGCAGAUGAAUAUUUAUUUGCUACAGCGUGCCUACAUUUGGCCAGCAAAUGCACUGAAGUGAGUCGCAAAGUACGCGACCUUGUCAAUGUCACUUAUCGAGUGAUGAAUCCCAGUCAGCCAGGACUUUCACUUUCGACAAAACCUAAUGACUCUGAACGACAACAACGAGCAGUCCCAUCAAAUACCACCACAUUAACUGGGACUGGAUCUCAAAAUCAACCUCAGUAUACAUAUCCAAUAGCCCCACCGCCUACUGUGGCGACAUAUUGGCAUAUUCGUGAUUCGCUCUUGACGACCGAGUUGAUGCUGCUUCGGAUCCUACAAUUUGAUUUGGAUGUAUCAUUACCCUUUAGUGACGUACUCCGGAUAUAUAAGGGUAUGGGCAUGGUGUUUAGCCCAACGGAUGAAGAAGCAGCACACCUAUACCCAGCUGCAUCUAACUUUGACGUAUUUUUGCCAGCAUUCAAUAAUAACACUAGCAAUAAUAACAGUAAUUACAACAGCGGUAAUAGCAACGUUAAUUCUUUUCCUUCUGGAUCAUCGCCCCAUGUCAGCAACAAACAUGGUAGUACACCAUCCUCCUCUUCGUCCUCAUCUUCUGGACCUUCUUCAUCUUCAGUGAUGCAGCCUCAUACGGGGAUUCAUCCAACAUUAUCGGCCUUGGUUCAGAUUUCGACCACAUUCUGUAUUGAUGCAUUGUGCUCUUCCAACAUUGCGUUAAAUUCAUCCAGUCGAGCAUUAGCGAUGGGUUCUAUCUAUUUAGCAGUGAGAUGUGCAGGGUUAGAGCUACCAUUAUCGUUUGAGGAUUGGUGUUAUGCUUGGGGUCGGCCGAAUAUUGCAGCUGGGUUUGGGAUCCCGAUUGCUGGAGGAGGAGGUGGAGUAAUAGGAGGAGGGGGUGGAAGUAGUGGUAGUGCUGGAGUUAGUAAUAGCAAUGUGAUUGGUAUGGGGAACACUAGUAGCAGCGGUCUUGGGAUGAAUACAGGAGGAGGCGGAGUAUCAUCAGGAGUGAAUGGAAUUAUGGGAUUGAGCGGUACUGGCACCAACAGUUUGUUUGUUUCAAGCCCACGACCUUCUUCAAGUGAUACUACGGCCAUGUUUAUAGAGGGACUUGAGACGACAACGAGCACUGUUGGAAUAGGGGGAGGAGUGGUGAAUGGAAUGUCUUCAUCACAGACACAGUCACCCUUGCUGAAUAGUAAUAACAGUCCACAGCCAUUGUCGCCUGCCGUAUCAGCAUCAUUAGAAAGUACUAUCCAAGAUCCACAUCAUCAUUCUUAUCAACAGCAUCAUCAACCGAUGACGGUUGUAGAUGAAGUUCGAAAAGUGGUCCAGGAGCUGGGCAGCUUUUACACACAUUAA